UCAGAGAGGAGCGUGAGCACAGAGCUCCCAGUGCCCAGUGAGAACACGGACCCUGAUGGAGGAGGAGGUGGGAGGAGGCAGCUGGACUACGGGGGGCCCCGAACGGCCCCUGAAACACGGGUUCAAGAGGAGGAGGAAAAGACGUUGUCAAGGCCUUCGAAGCAGGACCCUGGAAACCCCUCCGGGCAACGGGAGGACCUUGGGAACAGCGGAACAUCCAGAUAACUCCAGCCAUGGAACCGAGAACCAGCACCAUGACGACCAACAGAGGCACCGUCCGACAGCUUCCUGCGCCGCCGCCCCCAGAACCCAGCAGACCGCCGUGUGGAGGAGUCAGCCGGUCCGAGGGGACCAGGUCCUCAACGCGAGACGGCCCAGCGUCAGACGAGCCUCCUGGGCCGUGAGCCAGAAGAGUGCCCUGGUUCAGCUCCACGAGCUCCAGCCGGGCCUGCAGUACCAGACGCUGUCCCGGUCCGGCCCGGGCCACGCCCCGCUGUUCUCCGUCGGCGUGGAGGUCCACGGGCGCUGCUUCGAGGGCCGGGGCUCCACCAAGCGACAGGCCAAGAGGAGGGCGGCCGAGUCGGCUCUCGGCUCCUUCAUCCAGCUCCCCAACGCCCCCCAGGCCCAGGCCGCCCUGGCCCGCUCCUCCCCCGGCCCCGUGGACUUCACGGCUGACAGGGUGGACGCCGCCGGGGCUCUCCUGGUCCGGUUCGACCCUCCAGGGGCCGAGCCCGGUGACGGGCCCCUCCCCGGGUCCAGCAGCAGCAGACGGGUCGGCCGGCUGACCCUGGGUCAGCUCUGCUCUGAGAAUCCCAAAGUCCAGGAGCACCUUCCCAGAUGUCCCCCAGAGCCGCCCGGUCCGGUGGACCUGCUGGCCCGGCGCCACCCGGGGCUCCGCUGGGCGUGCCUCGUGGAGCGGGGGCAUGGCAGCGCGGUCGGGGGGUUCCUGACGGUGCUCUGGGUGGAGGGGAGGGUCUUUGAGGGCCGCGGUCGCAGCAGACGACUGGCCAAGACCCGGGCGGCAGCGACGGCCCUGCAGGCACUCUACAGCGUUACCAUGGAGACGGAGAGAAAGCUGCUCGGCAUCACCUCCUGUAACGCUGCCACCCAGUUACCUCAGCUCUUCUCAGAGGCCGUGUUCGACCUGGUGAGAGAGAAGUAUGCCGAGCUGACCCACAGCUGGGGCUCUACCUCGCACGCCCGCCACAAGGGCCUGGCCGGGGUGGUGAUGACCCGAGGGUUCUCCCUGCCGGGGGCCCAGGUGGUGGCCCUUGGCUCCGGGACCAGGUGUUUGUCUGAGGGGGCCCAGAGGGACCAGGGCUGGGCGGUCAACGACUGCCACGCCGAGGUCAUGGCCCGGCGGGCACUGGUCGGGUUCCUCUACACCCAGCUGGAGCUGUUCCUCCUGGGCCUGGGGGUCCGAAUGACAUUCUGCCUCAUCCUGCAUAGUGGACUGACCCCUGUGGCCCUCCUGCUGCUACUCUGCAGCCCGCGAGCGGAGGCCGUUGAGCGGGCGGAGGACUCGGUCUUCAGAGAGGGUCCGGGCGGGGUCUUCAGGCUGAAAGAGGGCCUCCUCUUCCACAUGUUCGUCAGCUCCUCGCCCUGUGGAGACGCUCGCCUCCACUGCCCCUACGGGACGGCCGCCAUGCACCUCCAUGGCAACAAACUGGCACGGAGAUUCCACUGUCGCCUCCGCAUGAAGACUGCAGGAGGAGAGGGAACACUUCCUGUGAGGCAGCAGCCCAGAGCCAAUCAGGACGGAGGGGUGAAGUCACCGGGUCAACCUCUCAUCACCAUGUCCUGCACCGACAAAAUAGCCAGGUGGAGUGUGCUGGGCCUGCAGGGUGCACUGCUUUCCCAGCUGGUGGAGCCGGUAUACCUGUUCAGUCUGACGGUUGGGGGGCUCGGUCACACCGGACACCUGGCCCGGACCCUAGCCCGCCGCACGGCUCGCCUCCGACACUUGGCCCUGCCCUACCGCCGGACCCUGCCGCGCCCAGGCUGUAGGAUGUUACUAACAUUACAUCUAACCUUACAUUAUGACCAAGCUGGCCCAAUCGAAUACCCAUGUGUGUCCGGCAGCGAGCCCCGCCCAGGGGGGCGGUCCCCCGACCUCAGCCUCAACUGGACCCUGGGGGCCGGGGGACCGGAAGAGCUCAGCACCUCCUCGGGCCAGAGGUCCGGUGGCGGGGGGGCGUCCCGCCUCUGCCGCCGUUCGCUGUUCGCCCGAUGGCGGCGUCUCCAGCAACAGCUGAAGGGAGAGUCGUGGUCUGAGGACUCGUCGUCAUCGAUGACCUAUUCCGGCUCCAAGAUGGAGGCCGGCCGGUACCAGAGCGCGCGGCGGCGAUUCGACGCGGCUCUGCGCGCCGACGGGCUCGGACCCUGGCCAGGGAAACCCCCCGAGCUCAGCGGGUUCUCCGUCGGCGUGUGACUCACAGUUAAUACGACGGGUUACGAGUUUGGAGUCUGGUCGUCGGUCAUUCAGAGUGGUGACUUGUAAGACUAGGCCCCUGCCACUUAGUAGAAUGGGAAAAAAUCUGGCUGUGCAACUGUGUGCUGCGAUCUAGCCUAGCUAGCGUAGUAAGCCUAGCUAGCGUAGCUCGUGUUUUGGGAGAGUUGAUGAUUCUUGAAAACAAUGAGAGAUUUACCGGCUGGCAAGUAUUUCUCAAUUGUAAAAUAUAUCAGUUUCUAGGAUGGGAUUUUAUUGGUUACAUUAUGAAAUCACUCUAUUGUAAAGUCAAUAAUCUAUAAAUCAAUCAAUUAGCAUUGACUACAGAUAUGUCCAGGAUUUUGUAAACUAUGAGCUAGCUUAAAUGCUAAGAAAUACAAAUUUUUAUUUCAGAAUCGUUCGUAGCUUCGUGCUCAAUAGCCAAAGAUUAAUACUAUCCUUUUUAACUUUUAUAUCUAAAUAGUUAAAUGAUUUGUAUUUGUAUUUUAGAUUGAAAUGGGCGAUGUUACACUCCUAAGUUUACACAACUUGGAUUUUAAGAUAACAGAUUGAUGUAUUCGUAUUUUCAUAAGAACAUUCCACUUACCUACGUAUGUCUUCUUUGUUGUUAUUUUACUCAUAUGAUUAAUGCUAAGAUAUGUGUAACCAACAUCUUUAAUUUACUCAAGUAUUUAUGAAUUAUAAUUUGGCGGUUGAUGCUCGUCGACUGUGAUUAGGCAAUGAGGGCAAGUGACGGCGCCGCCUGGUGGCGGGAGUCAGCCGGCCGCGUUAGCAUCAAUUAUUAAUCUUCUUAAUUAUGCUAAUCAAAUAAUAGUUUUUUACAAUUAUAUAAUUACUUAGUGUAGUGAUAUUUUACAAAUAACUAUUCCCUUCUUUUUUUUUAUCCAUAAUGAAUACUGUAUAUUAGGUUUUAGGAAUUUAAAAGCCAGCUAUUAAUUGAUAAGGUUUAUUUGUGCAAAUACUGAUUUUGAUGUAGGUUUAUAGAGUUAAUAAACAGGGCUAGAAAAACAAUGUUUGCUACAAUUAUCAAGGCAAUAAACCCUAUUUCUUACCCA